UUCAACAACAAUAGAGCACGGUUGUGAAGCGGGGGGAAGCGGUUUUUUAUCGUUCUACUGCUACAUAAAGACAAUGGAUUUCUAAAAGAGAUAUUUCCCCCGAACUUCGACUCUGUAAAAUAAUGUAGGCCUGAGUCUAAAGGUCAGGUCGUGUCUGUGUCGACAUCCUCUCGGUUUCUCAGCGUUCGCGGUUUCACUUCAGCCCUCUUCUUGGUCUCUGCUGGUCGUCGACAAGGACCGUUUUCUAAAAGGGUGUCCGGUUAAAUUCCAGUGGUCAUGCAGCUGGUAAUCCGCCGAUACCGUCCGUCAGACAGGGACACAGUGCGUGCUCUGUUCAGUGCCGGCAUCCAGGAGCACAUUACUCCAUGCUUUCACAACCGCAUGGCCACUCCUUUCUGCCUCGCCAUCACCGCGGCUCUGUGUGCCGCUGGUUACCUCCUCAGCUCUGUGUUAGGAGCUGUUGUGUUAGCAGCAGCGUGGAUGGGCCUUGUCUACUACUGCUGCCACAAGAUAUAUUCAGGCUUUGUGAAGGAGAGACUCCUGACAGACAUGCAUGACAUCCCUGGGAACUAUCUGAGCAGACCGGGUGAUGUUUUCUGGGUGGCUGAAGCCGAGUUAGAUGGUAGGGUGCAGAUCCUCGGUAUGGUGGCUGUGAAGGCCAAACAAAGUGGAAAAGAAAAGUACGGCGAACUGAUGAGGAUGAUUAUCUCGCCGCUGUGCAGACGGAUGGGGCUGGGCUUCAGACUGGCUCAGACUGUUGUUGACUACUGUAAGGAGCAAGGCUUCUCCAAGGUGGUUCUGGAGACCAGCGACAUCCAGACUGCUGCUGUGGGACUGUAUGAGAAGCUGGGAUUCCGCCAUGUAUUCUCUCCCUCUAUAACAGAUUUUCCGCCAUGGGUUGUAAUGCUGGCCAAUGUCAAGGUUUUAAGAAUGGAAAAACAACUGUAGGCUUAAAAAUCACUAUCACUAAUCACCUAUUUACCAGUACAGCUAAAGCUGUCACAUCAACAAUACUGCAGUGAAAUCAGUGUGUGACUGGGCAGAGAUUUCUUUGAUUUCAAACACGACACAUUGCUGCUCUUCUUGAAUUUACAAGAUUGCAGUUAAGCAAAUUUUUACUAAUGUACAAUAAGCACUUCAAUUAUUAUGAUUUUUUUAUGUUACAGUCGACGCUGUGAAUGUUCGACUGUUUGUCACACAAAAAAAACAAAUAAAUAAAUCCACUCCCAAAGG